AAACUUUUUCAUCGUCAUGGAUCCUUAACGUGAAGAAUCUUGUUCAGGCCCCUCCAGGAACAAUAUAUCUUUUACAGAACACUCUGGAUUUCAACUUUUGCACAAACGAGUUGGUUGGUAAUCAGGAACUGAAAGAGAAAUCUUGAAAAUACAGUUGAACCUUCUGCUCGAUAUCAUGAUGCAAUAGCAGUCGACAGCCUCAGACUCUUGGGCAUGAAGUCCGUCCUGGACUAAAAUUCGCCCCCUUACCCGGCAGAGGGUAUGGCUGCGGCCAUCGCCAGUUCCCUAAUCCGACAAAAGCGCCAGGCCCGCGAGUCCAACAGUGAGAAGGUCGCCACCAACAAGAGGCGCUCUAGUCCCACUAAGGAUACUAAAUCAUUUAGACAUAUCUUCAGUGUCUUUAGCAAAGUCCGUUUCUGCAGCGGCAACGGCAAGAAGAAACCAGUACGACGGAAACCAGAGCCGCAGCUGAAGGGCAUCGUGACGCGUCUCUUCAGCGAGCAGGGCUUCUUCCUGCAGAUGCAACCUGACGGAACCAUCAGUGGAAACAAGGACGAGAACAGCGACAACACUCUCUUCAACCUGAUCCCAGUGGGCCUGCGGGUGGUAGCCAUGCAGGGCGUCAAGGCUGGACUGUACAUGGCCAUGAAUGCCGAGGGCUUUCUCUACACGUCGGACAUCUUCACUGCUGAGUGUAAGUUCAAGGAGUCCGUGUUUGAGAACUACUACGUCAUCUACUCGUCCACCCUGUACCGGCAGCACGAGUCAGGUCGGGCUUGGUUCUUAGGCCUCAACAAGGACGGUGUCAUCAUGAAGGGCAACCGCGUGAAGAAAACCAAACCCUGUUCUCACUUUGUUCCCAGACCCAUUGAAGUGUGCAUGUACAAAGAGCCGUCACUGCACGAGCUGGAGGAGAAGCUUCUCCAAACCUCGCGAAGUCCCACUCUGAACGGCGAGGAGCCAGCCAGGAGCCCGCGGAGAGCCACAGAGGGUCGGGACGAGGACGGCCAGCGGGAGGACGACGACGAGGACUGCACAGAGCGGGAGGGCUCGUAGCCUGCGGCGCCCCCUGCUGGUGGAACUCCUGUGCAACACUCCUCCCCUUCACUGUUCAGCACCAAACAACCAACGCCAUGACGAUGGAAACGCCAACCCGAACGAGCAGGAAAAAAAGGGCAAGAAUCUUCUUUCAACCUUUUUUUUUUUUUUUUUGGGUGACGACGAUUUACAUUUUAUGCAAAAAGCCAGGAGGCUAGCACAUCCACUCUUCAUCGCCGCAUUGUCUCCGUGACGACAGAGCGUUUCUUUUGCUGAGAACUUCGAAGCUUUAAACCAUGUAGAAACAUUGCCAUUAUCAAAGCGUCACACGUGCUUUUUUUUUUUUCUUUAACAAACACUAUAGCACUUUUUUAGCUUUUUAUUGUGGUCAGUAACAUUUGAGCAUUUUUGAAAUGCCACAUGGCAGCCUGUAUUAAUGAUUUUAAUUUGAAAACGGUGAAUGGAAGUUGUCCAAUUAGAUGUUAAACUCACAGGCCGUGGUUUGACUCAUUCCCUGUCAGAGGCCAUGUCCAUCAAACAUGGUCAUUCAAUUCCAGCCAUCCUAGUUCAAUAGCAUGAAAUGAGUUACAGGUAAAUAUUCUCAAAUUUAUUUUUUAAAGAACUUGGUUCCCUUUUAAUUUUUAAUUUUUUUUCCUAAGUAAAAAAAAUAUUUAUAUAUAUUAAUAUUAUAAAUAUAUUAAUAUAUUUCUUUAAAUUUUGUUUACUGUUUAAUUGUUUGUUUAAUUUUUACAAAAAAAAACAAACAAACUCAAAAUGGAUUGGACGUCCAUCGCCUUGAAUGUCACUGAAACGUAUAUAUUAUACAGUGGUAUGAAAAAGUAUCUGAACUAGGGCUGCAGCUAUCGAAUAUUUUAGUAGUCGAUUAAUCGAUGGACUAGUUAGUUCGAAUAAUCGAGGAAUCGGAUAGGGAACAUGAAAAAUUAAAAUACCUCAGCUGAGCCUCAAACGGUAUAAUUAUUAUUAUUAUAUAUAUAUAUAUAAUUAUUAUAAUUUAAAAAAUGAGGAUCUAUGUACAACACAAUAACAUUUGGCUAACUUACAUAGAAAAAGUCCGCUAGCUUAAAUGCUAUAUAAUGCUAAAGUUGUUUUUUUUUUUUUUUUACAACGGUCUUAACAAAUGGUUCAGGCACAUAUUCCCACAAAAAUGGCUAAAUAUACCCAUAAACUACAUUUUGAAUGCAUUAAAAAACGUUACCUUACGUUUGUCUUAACAGGGAGCAGUUGAAUUCAGCCAUGUGAACAGAGGCAGACCAGAGGGCAGUGUAUCCACCCUAAUCAAUAAAUCUAAAUGCAAACACUUUCAAAAUAAACCAUUACAACGCCACUUUUAUUGAAUACUCGAAGCAACAAAACUGAAUUCGAAUAUUUUUUUGUAAUCGAAUACUGGAGUUAAUCGAUUAAUCGUUGCAGCACUAAUCUGAACUCUUUGAAAUUUCUCACAUUUUUGCAUAAAAUCACCAUCUAAUGUGACCUGAUCUUUGUCAAAAUG